AUGCUGACAUCACAACCUUUGCGUUCAGAGCAGCCUGGGGGUCAAGAACUGGUUUUGGAUGGAAAUAGCUGGCAGUCAGCUCUGGAGUCAUUUGCAGUCUCGCUGAGACUUCAGCGGAACGUGAACGAAGCCGUGGAGGUGCCGACGCUCAUGCAUUGUUUAGGAGCGCGCUGGUUUCAGAUCUUGGGAGAAGUUGAGGAGGAGGAAGCUGGAUACGCCGAAGGCGCCACAGAAAGUUAUUGCACAGAACAGAAGAAACCAAAGGUCAUCUUCAUGAUGGGCUCAGAGGAUGCUGACAGGCUUGUGUGUCUGUGUGCAGGUGGUCCGGCCUCGGGAAAGGCCGUCCAGUGUGAGCGGAUGGAGGAGCGCUUCAACCUGCGGCGCCUCUCCCUGGCCGACCUCCUGUGCAGCGAGCUGCAGGGCCACGGCGACAGAGGGCGCCGCCUGCGGGACGUCCUGGAGAGAGGAGAGAGGCUCCCCGAGGACACGAUGCUGGAGCUGCUGUGUGAUGCCGUGGCCUCGUCCGUACGGCAGGGGAAGGGCCUGGUGGUGGGGGACCCCAGCGCCGUGUUCCUGCUGAGCUGCUCUCCGGACACCAUGUCCAGUCGGCUCCAGUGUCGCGGGAACCCCCCGGACAGCAGCAGCCUGCAGCAGUGGGCCGAGAGCUCCGGCGGGGACGGCCGGGCGGUGGCCGCACACUACCAGCGCAAGAGGCUUCUGCACACAGUGAGACCCCCCCACACACAACACCACACACCCCCCCAGGCCCCAGACCAGGCCCCAGACCAGGCCCGUUCAGCCCGUUCUGCCCCGCCCUUAGAGGGCGGCUCAGCCCCUCGGCCAGAACGCUCAGGGUCUCUUUUCGAUGGACAUUUUCCCCCUCGAUUUGAAAGAAACGGCAGCGUUCAGAUGGGAGUGUACAUUUCCACAAAAAGGCUCAAACAAUCACGUUGGGUCAGUUACAGGAUAACGUGGGACCAUACACAGUCCCAACAGGUCAAAAUGUAA